CGCGGGCAACUAGUCCUGACAUCCCGCGAACGAGCAGGAGCCUCAUUCAUUCAGAAACAGCGACGCCAGACCACAAGAACACUUUCUGUUCCCAACGUUUACAUUUAGUAACACCGUGAGGUGUAGGGAGAAAAAAAACGAAACUACUUUAAACCGCACAGUUACGUGUUUGAGAAUUAGACAACCGUAGCAGUCUUUAUUCGUGUGUGAGCCCGGCAGCGGUGGAGGUAGAGCGGGGAACAGCCUGAGUGAAUGAGCCGCGGGAGUCUGGAGAGAGGAGCAGAGGAGCGGUGCUGCCGACAACCACUCACCCCGGACACUGAAGACGUCGAGGGUACGGUGGGAUAGUCUCCUCUAAAGACGGCUUUUUCACUUAAUGCAGAUUCGGCGGGAGGUUUGUGUGUAUUUACGCGGAAUCGACGUCCGCACCUGAGAGAACUGAACUUCACGGGCGCCGUCUACAUGCUGGGGACUGUUGGGCAGAAGGAGUGAGGAGAUGCGCGGAGUAACAUGGAUCUGCGAGAAGGGAUAAACACCAGCCAACACCGCAGGCGACAAUCUCAGAUGAACGGUGAAAGUGCUGCCAAGGAAAAAGCCAGGAUUCUACACACCUGUGGUUGGAUGUGAGAUUGUAUUGACCUGAGACCAUUAAAAUGGAGUUGCUAUGGAAACUUAUUCUGCUGCUGUCAUUGGUGGAGUGUCUGACAGGAAGUGGAGUCCAGCUGAGGCCCAUGUUCACCAAACAGCCUGGCAGUGUGGUGUUUCCCUUUCAAGCUGGAGAAAAUCGCAGAGAGGUGGUGUUUAGCUGUGAGGCCGAGGGCCACCCUCUGCCCUUCUACAGGUGGAAGUUAAACGACUCUUUCAUCCUGCCCAGACCAGGGUCACGUUACUCUCUCAUGGGAGGAAACCUACACAUCAGCCGACUGAAUAAGGAGGAAGAUGUUGGCAUCUAUCAGUGCUUGGCUUCAAACUCUUUUGGAACUAUAGUCAGCAGAGAGGCCAGUCUACAUGUCGCAUACCUGGAAAACUUCAAGACGCAGAGAAGAAGUCCAGUGAGGGUUCGUGAAGGUCAAGGAGUGGUCUUACUGUGUGGUCCACCACCUUACACUGGAGAGCUUACCUUCACAUGGAUUUUCAACGAGUACCCGUCGUUUAUCGUCCAGGACACGCGGCGAUUUGUGUCCCAGAAGACUGGCAACCUCUACAUCGCCAAAGUGGAACCCUCCGAUGUGGGCAACUACACGUGUGUCGUCACCAACACAGUCACCAAAAGCAGCGUGCAGGGACCACCGACUCCUCUAGUGCUACGAGUUGAUGGUGUGAUGGGUGAAUACGAGCCAAAGAUCGAAGUUCAGUUCCCUGAAGUUGUCCCUGUUGCUAAAAGCUCAACUGUCAAACUGGAAUGUUUUGCACUUGGAAACCCAGUGCCAACCAUCAGCUGGAGAAGAGUGGAUGGAGCCUCUUUUGGCAGGAAAGUGGACAUCAAUAAAGCCAGUGGAGUUUUAGAAAUCCCUUACUUCCAGCAGGAGGAUGCAGGGUUAUAUGAAUGUGUGGCUGAAAACAGCAGAGGAAGAAACUCAGUUAAAGGAAAACUAGCUUUCUAUGCUGCGCCUCACUUUACUGACAAGCCUCAGGAUGUUCAGAAGACCAUUGAUGACACUCUGGUGUGGGAAUGCAAAGCCAGUGCCAAGCCCAAACCUUCGUACCGCUGGCUGAAGAACGGAGAGCCUCUGGACCCCAUGGAGGACAGAGUUCUGGUGAAUAAUGGAGUGCUGACAAUCAGUAGCUUGAAUCUGGCCGACAUCGGCAUGUACCAAUGUGUGGCAGAGAACAAGCACGGCCGGAUUUUCACCAACGUUGAGCUACGAGUCAUAGCCAUUGCUCCCGACUUCUCCCAGAACUCUUUGAAGGCCCAAACUCUGGCCCGACAAGGUGGCGAUAUCCUAAUCGAAUGCAAGCCCAGGAUGUCUCCUCGGGGUGUGAUUUCUUGGAGGAAAGGGAAGGAAGCGCUAAGAGAAAGCCACAGAGUCAGUGUGUUGGACAAUGGCAGCCUUCGGAUUUCCAAUGUUACUAAAAUGGAUGCUGGACUCUACACGUGUGUAGCCAGAAACCAGUUUGGAGUGGCGAGUAGUGCUGGCAGCCUCGUGGUGAAAGAGCCGACUGUGAUCACCACUCCAGCUGGACAUCUGGACGUGACCGUGGGUGAGAGCAUUGUGCUUCCCUGCCAGGUGUCUCAUGACCCCACACUGGACCUCAAGUUCACCUGGUUCUUCAAUGAGCAGCUCAUCCACUUUGGAAGCCACGGGGCAUAUUUUGAAAAAGUUGGUGGGCGCUCAGCUGGUGACGUCAUGAUUCGCAACAUUCAACUAAGGCAUGCUGGGAAAUACACGUGUGCCGUUCAGACCAAGGUCGACAGUGUGUCCAUCGCCACUGACGUGGUGGUCAGAGGUCCCCCUGGGCCUCCUGUGGACUGUCAGGUGACUGACAUGACAGAAACCACUGCCUCGCUGUCCUGGGGACGCGGCAUCGAUAACCACAGCCCCAUCGUCAGCUACACCAUCCAGGCCAGAUCACCGUUCUCUCUCGGGUGGCAAGCUGUUACCACUGUUCCUGAGUUGCUCGGGGGGAAGCAGCUGUCAGCCGCUGUCACCGACUUGAGUCCAUGGGUGGAGUACGAGUUCAGAGUCCUGGCAAGCAACAGCAUAGGCACAGGAGAGCCCAGCAAACCGUCGAAAAAGGCCCGCACCAAGGAAACAUUUUCCAAGGUGACUCCAGCCAGAGUGAGCGGUGGCGGCGGUGGGCGUUCAGAGCUGGUCAUCACUUGGGAGCCUGUGACUGAGGAGCUGCAAAGUGGCCCAGGCUUUGGCUACGUGGUGGCUUUCCGCCCACUCGGGGCACAGGGUUGGAUGCAGGCUGCUGUCACAUCUCCAGAUGCUUCCAGAUAUGUCUUCAAGAAUGAGAGCAUCCCUCCUUUCUCCCCUUACCAAGUCAAAGUCAGGGUUUACAACAACAAGGGAGAAGGCCCUUUCAGUCCAGUGACCACCAUCUACUCGGCAGAGGAAGAGCCCAGCAGAGCUCCAGGGAAGCUGAGGGCAAGGAGUGUAUCAGCAUCCGAAGUAGAAGUCACCUGGAAGCCACUGGCCUGGAGUAACAACCGCAGACGCAUCCUGGGCUAUGAGUUGCGGUACUGGGGUGAGAAGGAAAAGCAGGACACAGCUCAUGUGAUCAGGACAGUGGGAAAUAAAACCUCAGUACUCAUUAAGGACCUGGAGGGCAUGAGCACCUAUUACAUGUCCCUGCAGGCCUACAACAGCGCAGGAGUGGGUCCACAAAGCGCCAUAGUUAAUGUCACGACCAAGAAACCACCGCCGAGUCAAGCCCCGGUCAAAAUAAUGUGGAACACCUCCAACUCCAAGGUCAUCCUGAAGUGGGACCAAGUGCACGCUCUGGAGAACGAGUCAGAAGUCACAGGAUAUAAGGUGAUGUACAGCCAGGACAAACACAGUCGUCCCAGCGUGGUGGAAACCAACACCACCUCCUUGGAGCUGUCGCUGCCGGUCAAUGAGGACUACGUCAUCCAGAUUAAACCCUUCAGCGAGGGAGGGGAAGGUAGCAGCAGCCGCCAGAUAACCAUCCCCAAGAUAGCAGGCUCCAUAGCCAUGGGAGCAGCCACGGAGGCCUCCGCGUUGUCCUUGGUUAACCUUGCGGCGCUAAUCCUCACAGCCAUGGCUGUUCUAUGACAAACAUCUGCAGGAACCACGGCCACCGCAGCUGCUUAUUGAGAGGAGAAACAGCAGGUUAAAGACAACCAGAGGCUGACAGCAGCAUUUCCACCUGCUCUCUACCCAGCGCUACCGUGUCCUCUCUGCAGAGCUCUCUUUGUGAGGGAAGAUUGUUUUUUCCUCUACCUUUCUGAAGGUAAAGAAAGGAAGGAACUCGUUCGUUCACAGGUUGCAUUUAUGGAACUGAAAGGAAACCACUGUAACUCCACUGCAGUGUCAUUGAAUAUUUGUUUCUCUGCCGCUUGUCAAAGCGAUUCAUAUUCCCACGUGGUUUUCAGCUUGAACGGACCAUCGUUGUGUGAUGCACAGUAUAGGAUGUGUACUUGUUUUCUUUGUGGGACUGUGCAGGUUUCGUUCAAUCAAUAUAUUAUGUAGCACUGAACUUUUCUUUGAUGAUGAUAUAUUAACUGGGGAUGAAGAAGACCUGAAUUACUUAAAUACUUCAUCCUAAUAUGAGUGAAGUUAUAUUUAAGCUUGACUUAAGUCAGUUCCUCUCUCUCUCUCUCUGGACAAUCUUUGAUGAACUCCCUGAACUGUCUCUGAAGGAAACUAAGUGUUACUAUUUUCUCUAAGAAAGGGGGGGGGAUCCUUGCUGAAAAAAAUUGACAAACCAGAAUUUGGGAUUUUGUCUGGACUUGAUUCAUUCCUUUACUUUAGUUGCCAUGUCACUGACUGGAACCAAAGGUUUUGAGCGGACGGGGUUCAGAUCGUUCCACCUGUUAUUAUCAUUGUGAGGAAAAAAGCAGAGUGCACAUCUCCAUAUGGCUUCAAUCGUUAAGGGUGGCAGAGUUGUGUUGAUUAAUCCAUGUCUUACCUUCCUCGCUCAUCUGUGAUAAGUGCGUAACAAAGGCACACUGAACUGUGUGAACCUCAUUGUUGUAAGUAUGUAUGAAAUCCUCAGGACCCAAAUGAGCCUUAAGUCUUACGUUUAUUAUCCAGGCUGUUAUUAUUUAAGAGACAUAUUUAUUUUUCCUUUUCUGCUCAUCCACACGUUUUUUUUGUUGCUGUUGUUGUUGAUCACAGUGUUUCUGGGGCUCAGAAAAACAACAUGCCUUUCUCCUUUAGUCUUUCGUGACGAGCCCUGUAAGUCACUACACGUGGCAGUGACCGCUGUCUUUUCUAACAUAGCUUACUACAUAGUAGGGAAGGCAUUUUAAGUGUCAGCUGCUGUUUGGCAUGAGAUUGGUCAGUGUACGUACUUACGUUGCUUAGGAUGUCUGAAUGGAUCAACCUGCUUUUAAUAAAUAUGCCAUUUUUCUCA